UCCGCCUCGCAUUUUUGCCAAUAAUUGCAUUCGAUCACUCCCACUCCUUCGAUCUCGCUUCUUCUUCCUCCUCCUCCCUCGCGUUAUAUCUCCGCCGGGCGAGGCGCGAAUAGCUUGUGAUCGGCGUGUGCAGUUUGGCGCUCGCGCGGUCGUCGGGUUUCGCGCUGUCCGCGUGACGAUUUCUAGAUCUUGAGCGGGGACGAGUUUUUGGCCUGAUUUGCUUUGAUUGCCUGAUCCUGAUCGCUGUGCGCGCGUGCGUGCGUGCGUGCUUGCGUGUUUGGAUUGUCAGCAGGGAUGCGGAGAAUUUGACUGGCCGGCGCAUCUGAAUUGGUGUUGGUCGCCUCUCGUGCGACGGCGACGGUUAGUUUGGAGAUGAAGGGGGUGAGAAAUUGACGGCAUUGUUUGGUUUUCCUCCUUUCUUUCUUUCCGCGAAAACGCACGGCGGCGGCGGCGACGGCGGAGAUGGAGAACGGGAAGAAUGCGGUGAGCCUGGAUAAAGUUCCCAGGUGGAUUGAUGUGGAGCAGGGGUCGUCGCUCGAGGAUGAGAAUGGAGAUGCUGCGUUCUGUAACCCGUACUUUGGCGAUCCUCUGACAUCGAUUUCCGGGGCGGAUAUGGCGGGCAACGGGAUGGUUUCUCGGUUUCCCGUGGACCAUGAGAUCAACGAGAAGAUAUACAUUUGGAGGGGCAGCCCGUGGACUCUCGAGGUGGAUGCGGUCGUGAACUCUACGAAUGAGAAUUUGGAUGAUGCGCACAGUAGUCCUGGUUUACAUGCUGCAGCUGGACCUGAUCUCGCAGAAGAAUGUUCUAUGCUUGGUGGAUGUCGAACAGGGAUGGCCAAAAUUACAAAUGCAUAUAACCUUCCCGCUAGGAGGGUGAUUCACACUGUGGGUCCAAAAUAUGCUGUAAAGUAUCAUACUGCCGCAGAGAAUGCUUUGAGUCAUUGCUACCGGUCUUGCCUCGAACUUCUUAUUGAAAGCGAACUUCAAAGCAUCGCUUUGGAUUGUAUAUACACAGAGGCAAAGAACUAUCCACGGGAAGCUGCUGCACAUGUUGCUAUAAGAACCAUCCGUCGUUUUCUUGAGAAGCAAAAGGAUGAAAUCACAGCCAUUGUCUUUUGCACGACUACUGCAUUUGACACUGAGAUCUACAAAAGAUUGCUCCCUCUUUACUUUCCACGAGAUAAGCAUGAGGAGGAGGUAGCCAUAUCAAAGCUUCCUGCAGAAUUAUGGGAUGAGAAUGGUGAAACAGUCAUAGAUGAACGUAAAAUAAGAAUAAAACCUUUGCCAAAAAAGGCUUCUAAAGAUCCUCCUGAAGCCCCAGUUGAUGUUCCUGUCACCAAUAUUGGUUUGGCGAGAAGGAACUCAUCAUAUUUGGCUUCAUACCUGGAUCCUGCUUUCAUGUCGUUAAGUAAAGAUCCAGACCAGAGGAGGAAGGAGCAGUGGGAUAAAAAAGUUGAGGUACGAAGGGGAUGGAACUGGGCCAAAUUUUUUGGGUUUGGUGAUCUUGCAGGACCCCUUUUGACUCCUUCUGAAGAGUAUACGCUUCAUUCAAGCUACCUCUCUAAAGCUAUUUCUCUUAAUCUCUCUGACAUUACUGAGAUGAAAAUUGUAUACCGUGGCGGUGUAGAUAGCGAGGGUCGCCCUGUAAUGGUGGUUGUGGGAGCACAUUUUCUUCUGCGCUGUCUUGAUUUGGAGCGAUUUAUUUUCUAUGUAGUAAAGGAGUUUGAACCCUUGAUACAGAAACCUUAUUCUAUCAUUUAUGUCCACUCGGCUGCAUCAUUGCAACUCAUACCAGAUUUGGGAUGGAUGAGGAGGUUACAGCAGAUACUUGGUCAUAAACAUCAGCGAAACCUGCAUGCAUUGUACGUUCUUCACCCAAAUUUGCAUUUGAAGGCUUCAAUUUUGGCGCUGGAGUGGUUUGUUGACAAUGUGGUGUGGAAGAAAGUAGUAUAUGUGGAUCGGCUGCUCCAAUUGUUCAGAUAUAUUCCCCGUGACCAGUUGACUAUUCCAGACUUUGUGUUCCAGCAUGAUUUAGAAGUGAAUGGAGGAAAGGGCCUUAUUGUGGAUCCUGGGAAAAAUCAUGUACAGAAGCGAGCGUAAGCAGCCAAUUUUGCACCAUUCUUAGGAGAUAAAGCCGGCCUCAGCAAAAGCAGUCGAGUUUCUUUUUCGCCUUUUGCGCAUCGUCAUGCAUUGCAAAAGGGCAGGUUAAAUUCUGCAUCAUCUUUCGUCCGUGCACAAUUAUUUUUUUCACCGUCGUGAUUUUUCUCAUUCUUUGCAUCUCUUGUAUCCUAUAAAAUAUUUUCGGGAACAUGUCAGCACGGCAGAAAAUAGUAGAACGAAAUCCCCUAUUUCUUUUUCUUCCAUGCUGGUCGGGACAUCUGGGACAACACGGAACUUGGUUCGAGCUCCCGAAGAGAUUGAUCUUCUAAUUGUAUGUACUAACAUUAUUGCCAGUUAAAAAUGAAAUUGUCUCUCCUGUCUGGAGCAUUGUUA